CACUGUGACCCGCUCUUCUCUCCACGGGAGCACCAGCAGAAGACCCCCCCUCGACGCCGCCCGCUCUCCACAACAACCCCCUCUUCGGCCCCGGGAGUCCCAGUCUGUGCUCCUGUGUGCGGGCCUUUCCGGAAGCUAUCUUUAGCCCCGACUCUGCUGCCUCUCCGCCCGACCGACCACCACCACCCCCGCCCCCCCUCGACACCACUACCCUCCCUCGGCCGGCUUGGUUCGAAUCCCCCCUUCCCACCCUUGCCUCCGAGGCUCCGACCCCGAGGGGAGCCGCCUCAGUCUGAAAAAGAGCAAGGAAGCGGCGCCGCGAUGAGGUGGAGCUGGCUGCUGACCGUGGGGGUGGUGGUGCUCUCGCUGGGGGCCACCGCCCUGGGCGAGAUGGGCCUGGAGGUGCCCGAGUACGACGGGCACGACCGCGUGCACCACCUGAGCGCCAAGAACUACAAGUCUGUGAUGAAGCGCUACGACGUGAUGGUGCUGUACUACCACCGCAACGUGGACGGCAGCCGCACCGCCACCAAGCAGCUGCAGAUCGAGGAGCUGGCCCUGGAGUUGUCCAUCACCCAGGCAUCCCUUAUCUUUAAGCUCGCCGCCCAGGUUCUGGAAGACCUGAAGGAUGAGGACAUUGGUUUUGCACUGUUGGAUGCUAAGAAGGAGAAGUCCGUGGCCAAGUCGCUUGGUCUGGAUGAGGUGGAGAGCAUCUACAUCUUUGCUGAUGAUGAGAUCAUCGAGUACGAUGGAGAGCUGGCAGCUGACACUCUGGUGGAGUUCCUUUAUGAUGUGAUUGAAGACCCCGUGGAGAUCAUUGACAACGAACGCGAGCUCAAGGGCUUCAACAACAUGGACGAGGUCAUCAAGCUCGCCGGAUACUUCAAGAGCGAGAAAUCCCCCCACUACGUGGAAUACGAAGACGCAGCUGAGGAGUUCCACCCUUUCAUUAAGUUCUUCGCCACCUUCGACCCGAAGAUCGGCAAAAAGCUGAAGCUGAAGCUGAACGAGGUGGACCUGUACGAACCCUUCAUGGAAGAGUCAGUGUCCAUUCCCGGCAGGCCGUACACUGAAGAUGAGCUCGUCAAUUACAUUGAGGAGCACGACAGGCCCACCUUGAGGAAGCUUGAGCCCCACAGCAUGUAUGAGAUCUGGGAGGAUGACAUUGACGGAGAGCACAUCGUUGCGUUCGCUGAGGAGGAUGACCCAGACGGUUAUGAAUUCCUGGAGAUUCUGAAGGAAGUGGCUCGUGAGAACACAGACAACCCCAACCUCAGCAUCAUCUGGAUCGACCCCGACAACUUCCCCCUGCUGGUGCCCUACUGGGAGAAGACCUUCCGCAUCGACCUGGGUUCCCCCCAGAUUGGUGUUGUUGAUGUGGAGGAUGCCGACAGUGUGUGGAUGGAAAUGGACGACCAGGACGACAUGCCCACAGCUGAUGAACUGGAACAGUGGGUCGAAGAUGUGCUGUCCGGUAAAAUAGACCCAGAUAUGGAUGAUGAUGAUGAUGAAGACGACGAUGAUGAUGAUGACGAUGAUGAUGACGAUGAUGACGAUGAUGAUGACGAUGAUGAUGAUGAUGAUGAUGAUGAUGACGAUGAUGAUGACGAUGAUGAUGACGACGAUGAUGAUGAUGAUGAUGAUGACGACGAUGAUGACGAUGAUGAUGAUGACGAUGUUGUCUAAAUGUUCACCAUCUCAAAUUUCUAAAUUGCCAAUCCUCUCGUUUAGCGUGGCCUCACAACAAGAGAAACAAUAGUGACUUUCGAUAGCACACUGUUUUUGUCGUGUAGCUGGAUAUUUUAAGGGACACUGGAAAAUCGGUAACUUCUACCGCUAAAGUGUUGGGUUAAAAUGUACACAUACGUUUAUGCCCUUUGUUCGUUUUCUACAUCAAUCCAACUGGCCUAUGAUUACAAGCUAAGUUCAGUCGAAGAACCCACAUCAACUCUAUAACUUAAUUUGGUCCCAUUCGGUUAACCAACACAUCAUUCACGACCAGAUGGAGUGAGAAGAUACAAAGUACAGUAAUAUUUUCUAAACAUAGCUGGACAUGGUCUUAAAUUAAGUAGGAGACUACUCGAAAAAUUGCAGAAUACAUUGCUGUUUGUUUUCAGAACAAUAUUUUACUUGGAUAAAAAAAUAUUAAAAAAUCGA